CUCGCCUGAGGAGCAAUCGGGUCUUAGUGGCAUGCUACUUCAGUCCGACAGGGAUGAGGAUCCAUUUUGUACUUUAUGGCUUUGAGUUAGAGUUCAAAUAAAACACAAUUAACUUCGAUCUUGUUGUACUAGUACUUCCACUCGUCAGGCCAUCAAUGAUGAAAAGUGUGGCCGUGUUCCUGCUAUCCUGAGAAGCCCUAGUACAACUACAAAAACAUUGCUUCCACCUUUCAUAUCUCUUUAUGACGGUUUUGCUGGACGUUUUGGACCGAGCCCAGCAAAUUGUAGUUGAGGACGAGGACCACAAACAAGAUGGAAACAGUGAAGAUAUUGAGAUGGAAAAAACUGAUCAUAGCGAAGGACUGAUGAAACCGUUCCUGCACGCUUUGUUGAACAGGGGACCCAACAUCGACAACGAGAUGCUACCUAGCCAAUUGUGGCGAUUCAUUCUCGAAAGUUAAGGCGCUCGUGAGAACCUUGACGUUGACAAGAAUACUUCCAUCACUCUGUUAUUUCUGUUGUCUUCCGGUCAUCAGGACUCUUUCUCCUCUUCUAUUGUCAGCCGAACCUUUCGACUCUUUCUUCUCUUCUAAUCUUGACAACGCACAGCAAACCGACCACGCCGCAUGCAUCUGGUGACAAGAGAUGGUUUGUGCGCGAUCUGCAUGGAUCACCCUGUGAAUCACAUCUCGAUGCCGUGUGGUCAUGCGGCGACGUGUCUGCCUUGCCGACAAAGGCUUUUUUCGUUUGAUGGGACGACGAGCAACGAGGAUCGAAGGCGAGCAGUUAUGAGGUGGUUUAGCAUGACAUUUGAUGAAUCUCCGACCAUUUUCGAACCCUUUGUGCAUGCCUGCUACAGAACUCUCUUUCUUUUUUUCGCGUCUUUUAAUCAAGAGGUAAAACAAUCAAAACCUGCAGCUGCAUAGAAGUCUAGAAUGUUUCUCACAAUUGGAUCACCAUCAAUUUCACUGGUCUUGCUUUGUUCAUUUUUUCACCGACGCGCCCACCACAGUGUCCUGUGUGCAAGGCCGGGCUUAGCCAGACAGUCGCCUGGUUUGGAUGCAGACACUCUGGGACUAAAAUUCCCAGCUGUCAGAAAUAAGCGGAUGCAUGCGUCUAGCGUAUAAAUCAUCAAAGAACUUCGUGCUUUCCCGGAAAGAGCACAUCUUGCAUCGUGCGACAAGAUCAUCGUAGUGUUGGACUCGUUUCGAAGAGUUCGGGCAGUGCGUAGUGGUUUAAGUUUGCAAAAAAUGGUUUCGAAUACAUGAGCUAAGUAUGUUGGACAACGGCUCCUGCCAACGGAAUAUAUCAGCGUCGCGGCUAGUGCGAGGUAUCUUCCAGUAAUUAUCAUGCUGCGAUGAAGUCCAAAAUUGAGGUGUAAAUUUCUUGCAUUGAUGUCCCACCUGGAUUUCGGUAUCCUGGAAAAUCCCUGCUCCGCCUAACGAAAUAUAUACUUAGACGCAGAAUAUUUAUGAAGAUGAAUGCGUUUUUUGUGCUCUUCUAAACAUACACUUACAUCAUGGUAGGUCUAGAUGUAGAUGGUGCAACAAGAAUAACAUUAUGAAUAUAUAGGAGAAAAUUCAACUAAGGACUGCAAAAAUCCGGACAAAAUUCAAUCUUCUCGGGCAUGAUACGAAUCCGCAGAACACUCGCCGCCUACUGCGCUCCCUUCUGGAAAACCCUCACCCAAUUGCGAGCCAAGAACCUCGGGCGCCCUCCAAAUCCCCGCGCCCCUCCAGAAUCCCCCCGCAUACAUUUGCAGGCUGGUGCGGUGGACUCUGGAGGGGCGCGGGGAAUCACAUAAAACGAAACCAAAAGACAGAAAAACCAAGAGAGAGCAAGUUGCAAAAGUCGCUAAGCGAAGCACUUCCAGGACGAGGAGGCGACAAUAGUGACCGUUUUUGUGCAGUUCUUAGUUGACUUAGCGCCAUUCUAAUCAGCCAUCUGCGGAAGCACCAGAGGCACAGCGAGCACGCCACACCAUCGAAACUUAACAAAAAGAGGAGGCGCGAGCCCUUUGGAACUCAAGCGGCAACCGGUCCAGCCCUUCUUGAGAAAUGCCACGAAAUUGAAUAAACCUCUCUAUUGUUUGCCGCUUUCCUGCUCGCAAGGCCAUUUUUGGAAAAAAAUCUGAAGACAUCUUUUCACUUUUUUCAUCAAAAAUGGCCUAGCGAGCAGGAAAGCGGCAAACAAUAGAGAGGUUUAUUCAAUUCUGGCGAAACCCCCGCAAACUUCCCCGCUGAAAUACUUCAAAAGAGUGCGAACAACGCCAGCAAACCCCCCCGACAAUCUGCGCACAAACGGCGGCGCGCGUGAGUGGUCUGACCAUUUGAAGGCGGCAGCGCGUCGCUUCUCUUUGUAACUAAUCCCACCCGGCGCGAGAGCUUCGGGGCGCCGGGUGGUCAAAAGUCCAACACUUAACAACAUGAAAAGACCCAAGAACGAAGAACCUCGGGCGGAGUGUCUCAAACCUUUCCGAUUAUGGCGAAAAAUUCGACCACAGACAAGUGGAGUUAGAAUGGAGAAAAUUCAACUAAGGACUGCAAAAAUCCGGACAAAAUUCAAUCUUCUCGGGCAUGAUACGAAUCCGCAGAACACUCGCCGCCUACUGCGCUCCCUUCUGGAAAACCCUCACCCAAUUGCGAGCCAAGAACCUCGGGCGCCCUCCAAAUCCCCGCGCCCCUCCAGAAUCCCCCAGCAUACAUUUGCAGGCUGGUGCGGUGGACUCUGGAGGGGCGCGGGGAAUCACAUAAAACGAAACCAAAAGACAGAAAAACCAAGAGAGAGCAAGUUGCAAAAGUCGCUAAGCGAAGCACUUCCAGGACGAGGAGGCGACAAUAGUGACCGUUUUUGUGCAGUUCUUAGUUGACUUAACGCCAUAGUAAUACUGAUGAUGCUUACCGCCACCUGGCAGUGGAGAUGAACAAC